CAGUGGCGGGGCCGGGAGUGGGGGCGCGGCGCGAAGGUGCCACUAGGCUAGGCGCGGCUGCUGCGAGGUGGCGCCCCGGUCCGGAGCCGAGCGAACCACAGCGGGGCCGGGGCCCGGUGCGCGGCGGCGGGGCUGCAGCGGAGGACGAUGGCUGCGCCCGCUGGGGCCAGGGCAGUGAUUGCGGCCCCAGACCGCAGGCGCUGUCUGUGGUCGGUGCUGGCGGCGGCGCUCGGGUUCUUGACCGCCGGCGUGUCCGCCCUGGAGGUGUACACCCCGAAAGAGAUGUACGUGGCCAAUGGGACGCAAGGGAAGCUGACAUGCACGUUCAAGUCGGCGAACACCACCAGCAUGUUGACCACGGUCUCCUGGAGCUUCCAGCCAGAGGGGACGGACACCUCCAUGUCGUUCUUCCACUACUCCCAGGGGCAGGAGUACACCGGGAACUACCCACCCUUCAAGGACAGGAUCAGCUGGGCUGGGGACCUGGACAAGAAAGACGCCUCCAUCAGCAUCGAGAACAUGCAGUUCAUGCACAACGGCACCUACAUCUGCGACGUCAAAAACCCUCCCGACAUCGUCGCCCAGCCCGGACACAUCCGGCUCUACGUCGUGGAGAAAGCCGUGCUGCCCGUGUUUCCGGUCUGGGCGGUGGUGGGCACAGUGACCGCCGUGGUCGUGGGCCUCUGCCUGCUCACCAGCGUGGUCCUGGCCAUCCUGUACCGAAGGAGGAGCUCCAAGCGGGAUUACACUGGCUGCAGCACCUCAGAGAGUGUGUCACCGGUUAAGCAGGCUCCGAGGAAGUCCCCCUCCGACACAGAGGGUCUAGUAAAGAGCCUGCCUUCUGGAUCUCACCAGGGCCCCGUCAUUUAUGCCCAGCUAGACCACUCCGGCGGGCCCCGCAGCGACAAGGUCAACAAGUCUGAGUCCGUGGUGUACGCGGACAUCCGGAGAAACUGAGAGAGAAGACCCAGGCCGUGUCCCAAGCAAGAGACAAAGUCACACUGGACUCUGGAGUGGAAACGCCGCCCGCCACCACCCGUGGCCUUGGCCGAGGACAAGCACAUGGAGGGAGCAGCAGACGUGGACAGAGGGCGUGUGUACCUAUUCUAUUUAAUCCGCCGAGGCGCGGAGCCGGCGGCGCACGCCGAGGAGACGGUCUGCGUGCACGUAAGCGCGAGCCGUCCGGCUGCUCCUCGUCCUGCUCUGCGUUCAGGGUCUCGUGCGGCGGGGGAAGUUCGGCGGCCUCCCUGUCUCCGUCGCUUGGGUACGGCUUGCCUUCUCGGAGAUCGUAGCGACCUUUUCGCGUCCCGACAGACAUGGCCCUUGCGCCCGGGGGCUGAACCAGGCUUAGCGGACACCGUGGUCGGAGAGCGCAGACACCCUGAGGGACACACACGCCCAGAGUGGCCUGCCACCCACCGCCCGCUCCGACUACUGGUGGUAGUUUUUAGGGGACAGUUUGAGCAGUUUUGGUUGAUGAUUUUUUUCCCACUGAAACACCAAGCAUUUUCACUCUCUGUGCCGUGCACUUGGACUUGAACGCUUCUCCCCUUCUUCGUCGGCGCCUGCGUUCACCGUAGCGAGAGCAGCGCAGGUGGCGGCCAGAGGUCAGGUCUCCCUCGGCGCCGUGGGCCAGUGCCAUCUCCACGUCCUCGGCGGAGGACACAGGCCGUGCCUGAGGAGCGGGCCGGCGCCUGCUAGGUUCUUCCCAGAGUCCUCCCGGGAGACCAGGGGCCCCCCACAGCCGGGGAGCGGAGGUUCCUUUCCUCCUGAGUUGGCAGAGCGGGGUCUCACGGGGGCCGUGGGCAGGAGCCCAGGGCACUCCCUGGGGGUUCAUCGUCCUUCCGGGGCGUCAGUCUUGGCUUCAUGCUGCCUCCGGACCCCCAAGGUUAGCGACCGGCCGGAUCUCUAGGGCAGCACACAGAGCUAGUACUUGCGCUUUGGGAAUCUUCUCUCUUCCUGUUCGUUUGUUUUUUGUUUGUUCGUGUUGCACGUUUGUCCCCGUGGGGGGAAGCUGUGGACGACAAGAGGAGGGACUCUUUCCACAGCUCCGGUGUCCUCCCCAGUAACUCGUUCUGUCCCGCUGGCAACCCCCACCCCACCCCCAACCUGACAUUUCUCUUCUUCCCAGGAAGGACAAGUAGAGUGAGAUCAUGAAACCCUUAUUUAUAUGGGCCAGUCCUCCAUUUGCUGGAUUACUUUGUAGUAACAGCAUUGUUUUAAUUUAAAAUGCUCCGAAAGCCCUCAGUUCUGGGGAGGUCAAGGGCAUGCUGGGGCACGUGGGGACGUCCGUUUUUCCCCCCUUCAGCUCGAGGUCGGCCGCAAGCUGCUUCCUUUUCCUUGCGGGUGUCUGCCACCUGGGAGGGAGCCCGGGGGCCCAGCUGCAAGGGGACCCUUAGGGGACGGAAGCAGGAGUUAGCAUUUGUGAGGUGACACGAUAGAGCGAGGGCGCAGGAGCUUCCCAGCCCUCCGCGGGCUGGCGGUCUUCAGCUCUCCGAGGAGCCGCCGGUCCUUGGUCCUUCCCAUCCCGCUCCGGCCGACACUCCCUCUACCAGGUCGGGAAGGGGCUCCGCAGUCACACCCCGUACACGGUGCGUCCUGCAGCCGGCGACGGCUGCUGCGGGCCGGGUGUGGCAGGAGGGAAAUCCGCCGGCCCUGCACCCUCCUCCUGGCUCGCGGGCCCAGCGCCAGCGAGGGUCGCGGAGUGCUUGUCCCGAGACGUGUCCGCACGGCUCUGGAUCCGGUCCCCUCGCCCCCUGAACUUCCUGCAUCCAGGUUGAACACAGGAGCGGCCAGAGACCCUCUCGUGUGUGUGUGUGUGUGUGUGUGUGUGUGUGUGUGUGUGUGUGCGC